AUGCCCUUCGGCCCCUUCGUCCUCGAGAUUCGACGGGGCAGUGAUGGGUUUGCGCGGUGCGCGGGGCCCUCCUCGAUCUCGUCUCUCGAUUCCCGGUAUUUGAUAAGUGAUUGGUGCGGGGGAUGGCAGCCGGGGCGAGUCGAGACUCUCCACGGAGCAUGUCCCGUAAUUGUCUUCGUCGUCACAGCUUCACAUGGAUGGCCAUUCGGCAAGGAUCCCAGGGGGGCCCCCGGCUGCGUUUAUGGCAGUAACUACAUCCUUCCGUCCUGUGCUGUAGUGAUGAUGAAGGCUGCAUUCGACAGCGAGGACAUACAGGUUCAGGAUAAUCAUGAUGAUGAUGAUGAGACUCUCCCUCCUACUCCACGAUCGCUCGCAUCCAAACCCCGGGCGAGGAUGACGGGCAGAGCGUUCCCGCCGCAGGCACCCUUCUCAUCGAGAUCAAAUCAUCAGACAUCGAAAAGGCCCCGGCUUCGAUUCCUGCCCUUAAUCCAGCUAGGUGCAGCGCAAGUCCGCGCUCUGGGCAAGGGAAAGGGGGAGCGCCCCCCCACGCACUGUCAACUCUCCCCUUCUGGCGCACGGCUGCUAGCAAGCAAGGAAACCCUGUGGCCGCUAUUGCUAUUGCUAUUGCUAUUGCUACCACCGCCAUCCACUAUCACCACUCACCCUGCCGCUGCUCUCGCUGGCCCUGUCUACAAAUCACCACCGCUCGCUCUCUCGCUCUCUCACGCUCCCUCUCGCGGCCAACUUCAGCUUCCCUCCUCGCCUCCGCCGGCCCCAUCACCCUGCGCCCGUUCCGUCUCCAGGCGUCGGCGCCCGCUCCCAAUCGGUGCCCACACGGGUCUCGUCUCGGGAAACUCUGGGGACGUUCCCUACUGA